GCGGCAACACUGUUGCAAAUCCGUGUUCCGCUUCCGCUGGGGCAGGUCGCUAAGUGAAUGGGGUGGGGGAGGAGUGAUGCAUGCAGGGGAGACCCUCCCCAUGGCUGCCCCCCACUCUCAAAGAUGGGCGGGGGAGCUCUGCUAGUCGAUUUCCCCCAGAGCUGGUCCCACCCACCCUCUGCCCCCAGCCUAACUCGCUUAGCUUUUAAAUCUCCCCUUCCCUCCACUUUCUCCAGCGGUCAGAGCAGCUGCUCGGAGCCCAUGCCCCAUAGAGAUACUGCAGCCUGUCUGCCAGGCCCCCUGCCCUGGGGUGCCGUGUGGCAGCGGGUCCCCUUCUAAUAUUACAGCGUGCGGGGGUGACUUUGCGGAUGGAGCACUCCCAUUGGGUGUGCAGGGCGAGUUGUGCAGGGACCUUCGAAGGAAUGGGACCGGAGCCUACCAGAUCCUGACAGCUGCCCCAUGCUGUUCCCCUCACCUGUUCUCCUCGCCCCAUGAUAAUGGAUGAGUGGAAACCCAAUGCUCCAGCCAAACAGUUUGUCCCGCGGAAAAACCGAAGCCGGUACCUCGCCUGGAAGUACAAGCUGAUGAAUCAGAGAGCUGUCAGGCGGCUAUGCCAGAGCUCUUUGCCUUGCAGAUAGGUGCCGUCCUCUUUCUGCUUGUGACUGUGAUUGUAAAUAUUAAGCUGAUCUUGGACACUAGAAGAGCUGCCAGCGAAGACGAGGAGGAGUCUGCCCAAGACUAUGAUGAAGGUGCGCAGCAUCUGGAGACCCCGCGCCGUCCCACCAGCAGCAGGAAGGUCUUGGACAUCGAGGUGUACUCCAGCCGGUCGAAGGUCUAUGUGGCUGUGGACGGGACGACGGUCUUGGAAGAUGAUGCUCGGGAGCAGGGAAGAGGGAUCCACAUCAUUGUGUUAAAUCAGGCUACGGGUCACGUGAUGGCCAAGAGAGUAUUUGACACCUACUCACCCCAUGAAGAUGAAGCCAUGGUCCUCUUCCUCAACAUGGUCGCUCGUGGUCGCAUCCUGAUCUUCUCCAUUAAGGAUGAAGGCUCCUUCCACCUUAAAGACUCGGCAAAGAGCCUCCUGAAGAGCUUGGGAAGCCAGGUCAUCUCGUCCCUCAGUUGGAGGGACAUGUGGAGCUUUGUGGGGAAGAAAGGAGGUGAGGUGUACGGCGAGAAGCAUUCCAAGUCCCCGGCACUCUCCACAUGGGGGGACCCCGUCUUGCUGAAAACCGAAGUCCAGCUGACCUCUGUGGAAGAUGCCGAGUGCCGCUGGCCUGACACGGAACUGAACCGCCGGCGGCGGAGGUUCUGCACCAAGGUGGAAGGUUAUGGCAGCGUCUGCAGCUGCAAAGACCCCACGCCCAUCGAGUUCAACCCUGAUCCCCUCAAGGACAAUAAAGUCUUGAAUGUGCCUGUGGCUGUCAUUGCAGGGAACAGACCCAACUACCUGUACAGGAUGCUGCGGUCCCUGCUGUCGGCUCAAGGGGUCAACCCCCAGAUGAUCACAGUCUUUAUUGAUGGGUAUUAUGAGGAGCCAAUGGAUGUGGUGGAGUUGUUUGGCCUGAAAGGGAUCCAGCACACGCCCAUCAGCAUUAAAAAUGCCCGAGUGUCCCAGCACUACAAAGCCAGUCUGACAGCAACCUUCAACCUGCACCCGGAUGCCAAGUUCGCUGUGGUGCUGGAAGAAGAUUUGGACAUCUCCAUUGACUUCUUCAGCUUCCUGAGCCAGUCGAUCUAUUUACUGGAGGAGGACGACAGCCUGUACUGCAUCUCGGCUUGGAAUGAUCAGGGCUACGAGCACACGGCCGAGGACCCCUCGCUCCUGUACCGCGUCGAGACCAUGCCUGGUCUGGGCUGGGUGCUGAGCAAAAGCCUUUACAAGGAUGAACUGGAGCCGAAAUGGCCAACCCCUGAGAAGCUGUGGGACUGGGACAUGUGGAUGCGAAUGCCGGAGCAGCGGAAAGGCCGGGAAUGCAUUAUCCCUGACGUCUCGCGCUCGUACCACUUCGGCAUCGUGGGGCUCAACAUGAAUGGGUACUUCCACGAAGCCUAUUUCAAGAAGCACAAAUUCAACACCGUCCCAAAUGUGCAGCUCAGUAACGUGGAGAGCCUAAAGAAGGACGCCUACGAGAUUGAAAUUCACCGGCUCCUGGGUGAGGCCACGGUUCUGGAUCACAGCAAGAACCCAUGCGAGGACUCCUUCCUGCCCGACACAGAGGGCAAGACGUAUGUGAUGUACAUCCGGAUGGAGCACGAAGCCGACUUUACCACCUGGACUCAACUUGCCAAGUGCCUCCACAUCUGGGACCUGGACGUCCGUGGGAACCACAAAGGCUUGUGGCGUCUCUUCCGUAAGAAGAACCACGUCCUGGUGGUGGGCGUGCCCGCCUCCCCCUACUCGUUGAAGAAGCCCUCCACCGUGACCCCGAUCUUCAUGGAGCCCCCUGCCAAGGAAGAGGUGGCUGGGCAGGUGGCAGCAGCAGAGCAGACGUGAGCUGGAGCGGUCUCCACGGCACCACUGCACAGAGAGGAGAGGGGGCAGCGCUUGGGAGAGGCUGGGUACUUCCAGUGGGGGUGGGAUAGGGACUCAGCUACACCCUAGGAUGGGCAUGUGCUCCCCGGAUGGAAA